AUGUCUUCCACCAUGGAAUCGAUAUCACAAGCAUCCCAAAGCGUCUCACCGCGCCCUCCCCGAUCCAAACGUGGCCGUCUCUCUUUGGCGUGUACUCAAUGUCGUAAGCGCAAAGUGCGAUGCGACGCGACAACCCCCAAGUGUCGCAAUUGCGUUCUACGAGGCGAUGAAUGCACAACUUUCGACCCACGACGACCCAAUGCUGUAGCAGUGAGAAAAUGGCCACACAAGAGUUCACAGAGCACAUCGACGCUAUCUCCCGUCCAGCGCAGAGCUUCAGUCGUUAGCCAGCACAGCUCCCCGGCUUCGCUUAUUGGGUCGCAACAUGCUGCCUCGACACCUUUAUCGGCGAGUGGCAAUAAAGAGAGGGUUCCGUCGUGGAUUGAGCGCGCAUACCAAGAGGUUCAGACUUCGCCCGAGAGCGGGACUGAUGGACAGACAAAUGACAGCCCUGAUGUCGUUAUGAACACCGAUGAGUCGUCGCAUCGCAUAAAGUACAUGGGUUCCAGUAGCUUACAAUGCCUCACCCGCUUCAUUGAUCUCUUUCUCCAGCGACGAGGACUAGAUCCCAUUGGCAGACAUUUCCGCUGGGGCAUGUGCUUUACUGAGGAAUUUUCGCUGCCCUUAGUACCGAGCUUGCCAGACCUACCAAGCAUGUCCGUCAUGGAGCCCUGUAUAAAGAAAUACUUCAGCCGCACGCAUCCUCUAAUACCGGUACUCGAUCAUACAGAGUUCAUAUCCGAUGUUUUACGCUUUUCCGAUCUACAACAAACGUGUCAAAGUGGCCUCCAAGGCGCAAUAACUUCUGUGGAUGCACCUGCUCUCGUUGCAAUAUAUGCUGUGUUGAGUAUUGGUAUGGAUGAUCACGAAGGCACAAUAUCACCUACAGCCACAGGCUAUCUUACAGGUGCUUAUUCUCUAGUUAGCCACUUACUGAGCUUCCCAUAUAUGAGCUCUGUCCAAGCCCUUGUUCUGCUAGCUGUGGCUAUGCGUGCAAGAGGGAAAGACGGCCAAUGUUGGCAUUUACUUGGCCAAGCGAUCCGGAUAGGCUACUCGCUGGGUUUUCACCGAAAGAUUGUUAUAUCGAACCCUAACGAGGACUCCGGAAAUCAAGUUGACCGUCAACUGCACUCUAGAGUCUGGUGGUCAUGCUAUGCGUUGGAGAAAUCCAUGCAGCUGGAGACAGGCCGACCUAGUGCCAUAGAAAUCACCGAUUGUGAUCAGCCACUACCAGAUAAGAGCAGCGGGUUGAAUACAUGUUUUAUCAGAUGGGUGUCUCUUUCUCUACUGGUCGGAAAGAUCAGCGAGCAUAUCUUCCAGAGGAGAGCAGAGAGUGCUCUUGAGUUCUUGUCGGGUAUUGCACAGCUAGAUCAGGCACUGAUUGACUGGCUUGACGAAGGGACAGAGGACGCGAAGACAAACCAAAACGCAAAGAGCUCAGAAGAGAAGUCAUUUGCCGUCUUUUUGUCUUUGCAGUUCCAUCAGGCUCAAAUCACUCUUCUACGAGCAUCACUAAUAUUCCCUGAAACCUCGUUCCAGAAUCAGGUUCAGAGGCACGAGUCCAAGAUUCAGAGUAUCUCUCGACUGUUGCAAAGUCAGAUUACCUGCGUCGAGGCUGCGCGAACCAUUAUAACCCAAGUCGCCGAGUUUGCAGACUGUCAACCCGACUUUUUACUAUUGACUCCGACUCCGACUUUCUUGGCAGCCGUGACACUUGCACUUCAAACCUUUAAGAAACCACAUAAGCGAAUGGGUCGAUCAGAUGGCGAGCUUGUAAGGAUAGGAUCUGACUACGUUGCUGAGUGUUACCGACGCGUCGGUCAACACAGCGAGUUCGUCAAAGGCGUGUUGGAACUAUCACUGCGCGUGAACCAAGUCUUGUCCGGUGACAGCUCAACUAUUCAGACACCGAGAUUGUCGCAACAGGACUCUCAAGAUGCGAGUCUUGAUCAAAGAAUGUUGUCGCCAAGCCAAUUCUGCGAUACCAAUGUUGAUUCGCUCGUGUUCGACCCGUUAGAGUAUUUCCAGGAUCCGUUUCAAGCGAUGCCGUUAGACCACUUCUGGGCGGUAAUGGAGAGCGACUUCGCAACCAUUGGUGAUCAGGGCAUGUGUUGA